CCAAUUCCCGAGGCGGUGCUCCCAGGGUGCACCAGGUGGGCCGCGCAGCCCCCUGGGACUUGGAGUCCGCCCUCGCUUUCUCCCCUUCCUUCCUCCUCCUCCGAAGAAACCCAUAGGGCUAGGUUUUCCGGAAGUCCCCGUGUCCCCUGAAUGUCUGUUGGAGCCCCCGAACUCCCCCUGGCAGAUCCAGAGAGCAGGCGUUCAGCACCGCGCGGCCCUCCUUCAGCCAAGAUGUCCAUCAACCCGAUGCUGUACGAGACCCAGUUUUUGGGGUUCACGCCCCAGACGUGCAUGCUCAGGAUCUACAUCGCCUUCCAGGACUACCUGUUUGAGGUGAUGGUGGCUGUGGAGAAAGUCAUCCUGAAGAAGGCCGCCAGCCUCCCGGACGGCGGCAUGAGCGCUGUCCAGCUACGUGGCAGCACCGAGGCGUUCUUGCGCUUCAUGAGGGAACGCUUUGACCGCCUCUUUGUCAAGAUGGAGCAGGUGUUGUUGCAGCUGGUCCUGAGUAUCCCCCCAAACGUCCUUCUGCCUGAAGACAGGUGCCACGAGAAGUACCCCCAGAGCAAGGAAGAGUUGCCCCUUCUCCAACAGGAAAUAGGGCAGCUGCAGGCCCAGUACAAGGCGGAAGUUGGGGCCAAGCAGGCCCUUCUGGCAGAACUCGAGGUGCAGAAGGUGGUUCAGGCCCGGCUGAAAAAGACUCUGCGCUGGUUUGAUGGGCUCGGAGAUGCCCACGGUCUCGUCGGCCUUGGGGAGAUGACGGCCUUCCUCAUCCAGCACUCGGUAAGGCUGCGCAGCCUCACGGAGGACAUUGCUGAUAAAAGCAAAAGGGUGAAAAUGCAGUCAUCGGGGAGCCCCAGUUUCUGAGACGAGGGGUGGAAUCGUGGUGUGGGGGUGGGGGCAAUGCCAGGGGUCGGGCUCUGCCUCCAGCACUGCAGUGGUUCAUCCAGAAGCCUGGGCGCGGGGCUCCCCAGCUGCCUGCAGCGCCUCUUCCCUUCUCCUCAGGACUGCCGAGCACCUUGGACGAGGCCGCCUUCUGCCUCUGAGACGUGGGCCGCAUCUGCAGCUCGGAAAUUUGGUUCCGAGCUGAGCCGAGGGAAAGGCGGCCAGCCUAAGUAGCUCAGCAGAGGGAGGCCAGACUGGUGCGAGGGAUCGGAGAGUGUCCGUCCGCCAGGCAGCUGCUGAGCACGUGUUUAGGGCCACACGUGCCGAUUUCUUGGGAUGGAGGAGCUUCGGAAAGGCCCCUUUGGGGUCCGAUGCCCAGACCGGAGGGGCUCCAGCUGGCCAGUGGUGACUCCUCGUGGAACAGCUGCCCUGAGGCCAGGGCCGGCCACCCGGAUUGGCAGGUCAGCUUGGGUUCCAAAGCAACACUUGAACCAAAGUGAGCUCUACUCCAAAGGAGGACUUCUUGGGCUCUCUGUCACUGGGUCGUUGAGCUCGUCUGUGAUGCACAGGCUUUGGGAAGAACAAGAGCCUCUCUGCCCGGCCCGGUUCUUCUCUUCCCACUUAGCAUUAUGCUUUCAAAGAACUACUUCCUGCCUGCGUGCUCUAACACGAAGCAGGGCAAAAAAGCUGCCUUCAGAUUGGCCAGCCGGCAACAUCAGCGGCAGGGAAAGAAGUAAGACUCCACGUGUAGGAAGGAAAUCGGGGCGAGCAGCGGGAAGGAGGCUAGGAGGUCUGCUGCCACCUCGGCCAACAGGCUUGUCUGCUUGUAAACAUUCUGCCGUUCUCAACCGCACUGGCAAGAUGCUGGCCGGCCUUCACAGCAUCCAGGUAGCGGUCUUCUUAUUGAACUAGGCGUGCUUCGGAGGGUUUGGGAAAUAAAUUCUUUAAAAAGCCCCGAGCUGCAAAUGCAGACUGAUGAAAGAAGGGGGGGGGGGGGCCCUGAGGGAAGCUGGGGGAGUUUGGGCCUGAACAUCAUCUGAGGUGCACAUCUCUCAUCUGCCAAGGAAUCCCGAAAGCUUCCUCUGAACUUGCUCCAUUCCUGGGGAAAACGUGAAUCGGGACUACCAGCAAACCCUCUCUGACGCCUUGCAGAGACUUCUCUGUCAGGGAGGCUGCACGUGGAGGUCUGAAACAGAUAGGAGGAGAUGGGGGUGGGCGCUUGGGGGGCCUCCGAUCAGGAAAGGUCUCCUAGGAACUAGCGUUGGAGCCAAGGCCUGUGAGGGGAGGGCACAGCCAGUGCAGUCGGGAAUGAAGGGCCACGUAGGAGGGCCGAUGCAGCUGAACAGGAGGAACAGCUAAUGUUCGUGAAUGACUAGUGAGGCAGCCAGAGGCUGAGUUUGAGGAGAACCGAGAAAGGUUCUUGGACAAAGUAAGAAGCAGCUGGAACCAUAGAAUGGAGCUGAGAGAAAGCAUAGGAAUUGUGACUGGGUUUGUUUCCCAAAAAGGUUUAGGGAAGCACUUAGGGUGGAACACCCACAAAUGGUUCAAGAAGCAAGGCCAAGCAGUAGAGUUUGAUGUUGGCAUUUCUGCCACAGCCAAAACAGAAUCACCUGUGUUCCAGGCAUGGGCUGAUCUUCCUCCUGGAGAACUAAGGGCCUCAGAGGGUGCCUGUCCAUACUCUAGCUUGUUAGGGAGAAAGAGACAAAGACUCCAACUGGUGGGGAGGGAGAGGGAAAUCAGAGUUCUGAGAAGAAGAGAUUUCGCCCUUGCCUGGAUGUUGGAGAAUGGAAGGGAGCAACCAAGAAGAGGAGAAGGAAGAGGAUCAGAGCUGGCAGAAAGCCACUGGUUAUCCCAAGCAUCUGCUAGAGUACAAUCAGAGUUCACUUGUAAACAGUAGAGGAAGAGGAGGAGAGUGGGAGUCCAUCAUUCCCUAUUUUUUCUUUUUAUUGUACUUUUCCAUGGUUACAUGAUUUGUGUUCUUUCCCUCCCUUUUCCCCCUCCCCCCUUCUAGAGUUGACAAGCAAUUCCACUGGGUUAUACAUGUAUUAUCACUCAAUAGCUAUUUCCAUAUUAUUCAUUUUUGUUAUGAUCAUUUAAAAACCAAAACCCCACAUCCAGUAGCCAUAAAAAUCAAAUCUUUUCCUUAAAUGUGUUUUUUGUAAACAACAUAUAGUAGGAUUCUGGUUUUUAAUCCACUCUGCUAUCCGCUUCUAUUUUAUGGGUGAGUUGAUUCCAUUCACAUUCAAAGUUAUUGACCUCCAUCUUAUUUUCCCUGUUUGUUUCCUUUCACUCCCUCCUCAUCAGUGUUUUGCUUUUUAUCACCCCACUCACUUUCCCCUCCCUCCAAUGACUUUCCCCUUCCCUUGUCUUAUUCCCCUAGAUAGAUAGAAUACUGUGCCCCAAUGAGAAUAUUUGUUUUUCCCUCUGAACCAGUUAUGAUGAGAGCAAAGUUUAAGCAUUGCAUGUCACCACUCUUAUCCUCCCCUCUCCAUAAUGGUUUUUACACCUCUUUAUGUUAUAGUUUAUCCCAUUAUGUCUCUCCCUUCCCUUUUCUCUCAUUGCAAUCUUUUUUGCCCCUUGAUUUUUUUUUACAUAUCAUAUACAUACAUAUAAUAUCACACAUAUUUCAUAUUGUUGCAUUUACAUACACAUCAUUAUACAUCAUAUGCAUCAUAACUUCAUAAUCCACUUCCCCACCAUCUUUCUAAGUAUAUUCCUUCUAUCUGCUCUACUACUAAGAAUAAUUUUUUUUUUUAACCCUGACCUUCCAUCUUGGAAUCAAUACUGUGUAUUGUUUCCAAGGCAGAAGAGUGGUAAGGGCUAGGCAAUGGGGGUUAAGUGACUUGCCUAGGGUCACACAGCUGUGAAGUGUCUGAAGCCAGACUUGAACCCAGGACCUCUUGGCUCUCAAUCCACUGAGCUACCCAUCUACCCCCACUAAGAGUAAUUUUUACAGAUAUCUUCUUUCCUUAUAGAGAUACAUACAAUUUGACCUUAAUGAGUCUCUUAAAUUUUCUCUUAUUUACCUUUUUAGGCUUCUCUUGGGUCUCAUGUUUGGACUUCAAAUUUUUUAUUCAGAUCUAGCUUAUUCCCGAGGAAUGCUUGGAAAUCUAUGUUAAUGCCCAAUCCCCGCCCCCCCCCCCCCGAAAGAAUAUACUCAUUUUUGCUGGAUAGGUGAUGGUGACCCUGGGUAGUAAACCUAGAUCUCUUGCCUUUCUGAAUAUCAUAUUCCAUGCCUCCCAAUCCUUUCUUGUAGAAGCCCCUAGGUCCUGUGUGAUCUUGGAUGUUUGAAUUGUUUCUAGUUGCUUUCAGUAUUUUCUCCUUGGCUUGGAGGCUCUUGAAUUUAGCUAUUAUAUUCCUGGAAGUUCUCAUUUGAGGAUUUCUUUCUGGAAGUGACCUGUGAAUUCUUUUAAUUUCACUUAUUUUCUUAGGUGAUAUCUGGGCAGUUUUCUUUUAUAAUUUCUUUUUACUAAAUGAUGUCCAAACUUUUUUUUUUUUUUGAUCAUGGCUUUCAGGCAGUCCAAGAAUUCUUAAAUUGGCUUUCCUGGAUCUAUUUUCCAGGCCAGCUGUUUUUUCCCCCCAAUAAUCAAUUCCACGUUUUCUUCUGUUUU